ACUCAAACAAAGUUGCAAAACAUAACACUCGUGGAUAUUUAACCGAAAAUCCCAAACUUCCACUUCAAUUCCACUCACGUGAGUCAACCUCAACCCACUUAAACAAAACGCCAAUCACGAAACUCACACAUUGCCGCAAAAAAUGGCUUCUCCGGCAGCUACGGCCAUCCUCCUCGCCGCCAUGUUCGGCAUGUUUUCGAUCACGAAAUCCACAGUCUCACACGAAUGCGCGGCAGCACGGAAUCAGAACCAGCAGGCUCUCCGUCGCGACAAAGUCACCGUUCUGAUGAACGGCUUCUCGGAGUCGCGCAUCCCCCUCCUCCAUUCCCUGGCCGUGGCAUACUCCCUCUCACCCAUUGUCUCCUCCGUGCUUGUCCUCUGGGGAAAUCCCUCCACAGCGUCAACUGUUCUCAACCAACUUGCCCGCAACCUCUCCCUCUCCCCUUCCUCCACGCCCAUCUCGCUUCUCCUCCAAGCCUCCGCCAGCCUCAACAACCGCUUUCUCCCCCGUCCUAGCCACAUCUCCACCGACGCCGUUUUGAUCUGCGACGACGACGUCGAGGUGGACUCAAAGUCGUUGGAAUUCGCGUUUCGCGUGUGGGAGAAAAACCCUAACAGGCUAGUGGGACUCUUCGCGCGGUCCCAUGACAUCGAUCUGAACCGAAGGGAGUGGGUCUACACGGUCCACCCGGACCGGUUCUCCAUCGUCCUCACAAAGUUCAUGCUUCUGAGAGCCCAUUACCUGUUCCUGUACACGUGCGUGGGUGGGGCCGGUAUGGCGCGCGCGCGGGGGAUCGUGGACGCGGUGCGGAACUGUGAGGAUGUGUUGAUGAACUUGGUGGUGGCGGAGGAGGAACAGGUGGGUCCAUUGUUGGUGGGGGCGAAGAGAGUGAGGGAUUACGGGGACGCGAGGAACGAGGGGGAGGAAGAGGUGAGGGUGGGGUUGAGUAGUAGGAAAGGGGAGCAUAGGAAGAGAAGAGGAUGGUGCAUUGGGGAGUUUCACAGGGUCUUGGGGAGAAUGCCUUUGAGGUAUAGCUAUGGCAAGGUCGUUGAUGAUGUUGGGGAACAGGGCUUGUGUUAUAAAGGUGGCAAGAUUGUCUUCUGUGAUCAAUCAUGAAACAGGAUUUUUUCGCUUCAUUCUCUUUGAUUCUAAAUCUACUGUAUUUGGUUUUACACUUCUCAAGAUUUUCUUUGGUUGAAUUCCAAGCUCGUGAAGGAGGGGUUCUUUUUCUUUAAAGUUGGAGGAGACAUUAACUCCAGCGUAGGUGGACAUGGCAUGAGAUUCAAUUCCAAAGACAUGAAGGGGAUGGUGAAGUUUGAGUGCAAUGAUGUUUUGCUGUUUGGGGUUGGGGGCUGUCCUUAGGGGUUGCCGACAGGUGAGAAAGCUUCUAAUGGAACUUUGAACUCUUUAUUCACCAUGAUAUCGAUCUGGUUGAAGGAAGAAAGUUUCAAGGUGGAGUUAAGGGAUCUUGUGAAGGUUCAAUUGACAUGUUUCGGAGUUUCAUGUUGUUUGUGAUGAGUGAAAGUUUUUAAGAGAAAGGAGGGAAAAAUUUUAAGAUUACGGGGGUUUUAUGUGAGCAGAUUCACUACUAUAUUGUUGGCCUGUAUACAUAAACUAGUAAAUGGAGAGCAGACGCCCUUCAAGAUUUGCGAAUAUUUCCACGCAACUUUCAUUAGAUGUGCCAUUGUUGUUGGCAUUGCUGUACUUAUUACUGGUUUGGAGCACCUAGGAGACAGAUAUGAUGUGGAAAAUUCCAUGGACACAGCUGGGCUUUGGCAAUUUGGCUUCAUAAGUGUUGCAUUGGUUGUUAUUUAUUUGGAUUACCGUGAAAAGCAGCGAAUUAGGCGGAAGAUAUUUGAAAGAAGCAAUUGGGUGCUUCGUAAUCUUGAGGAAGAUGAUUCACUCGAUCUCUUGAACAACUAAAGAUAAAGAGUUACUACCUUCUGUGAGAAUGUAAUUUCACUUAGAUCGUUAGAACAAAUAAAAUUGCAUUCCUUAAGUUCUGAGAGAAAGUUGCCAUUCUAGCCCGAUUUUCGCAAAUUUUUUGUUUAAUGUGAGCUCACAUUCCUCUUUGUUAGUUAUGAAGCGUUUUCGGAGGUGAAAAGAAAAGGGAGUCAAUUACUUUUCAAUAUUUUUUUAACAUAUGUUGCCUUCUAAAGUCUAGGAAGAGUACCUUUCCUGCAGCAUGUAUUUCCUAUACUGAUACAUCUUCAACUGUUUAGGUUAUAUUGAUUCUUAACUCCAGCGGCUACACUAUUUCUUUUACUACUUCGUCUCAAAGUAGAAGAAAUCAGGGGUACGAUUGCAUACAAUGACCCUCCAUCAGGCCUUUACAUUGUGCGAUACCUUCGAAGGUACGUGAUACAGUAGUUGAUUUAUCUAUUAUAAUAAUCUCAAUGUAAUCUUUUAACACUUGAGAUUUUUUAACAGAUUUCUUCAAAUUGGUCAUACUCAUUUAUCAGAUAUUAUAUUCUUCAAUUUUUAUCUCUGGUUCCGGAAUUUUAUUUUUUUUCAAAUCUGAUAUAUAACUGCGGUAUGAACACCUGCUUCCUACGUGUUUUUGAGGCAGAGAGGUUGAGUGCAAAUAGUGGGGCAAAGUUGAGCAAUUUAUUUAUCAGCCAUCUAGGUAAAAAUAUGUAUACUUCUACCAAUUCAUCUAUAAUUCCAUUAUUUAAAGGUGAUAAGUUGAUAACUACACGUUUGGCCAAGAACAUGAGACUAUAAAACCACACAUUUUAUAGUUUGAAACAAGCAGAAUUGACUCUUAAUUCGACUUGGAUUCAGGAGUGAAGAUGAAACUACUUUGCAUUGAUGUUAACAAUUUUUGAAAUGUUGUAUUUAUAGUCAUGAAUUGUUAAACUAAAUGGCUAUGUUGACAGUGAAUGGAAAACAAGUAUUUAACAAAGAGUGAGAUUAGGAAGAGGGUGUUGCCAAUCUUGCUCUGUGAUAGAACUCUGUUGCUGAUGGUGCCUUCUUCUAAUAUACUGUCACCAAUGCAUUAAAAGACCUAUUAACGUUAAAGUAAUCUUCCAUUUCGUUUUCCUCAUCAAUAUAUAAACAUACCUUCUCUAAUACAUGUAUGUUUCGGUUUUCCUUCCUCUUCAUUUUCUCUCUCUUUUUUUUUUUUACAUGGUAUCUAAAAUCAAAUUUUGUAACCAUGGCUUCUCCAUCAUUUGUUGCAAUAAAUUAAAAAAAAAAUCUUGCUGUCUCUUCCUUUGUUGCUCAUAGUUUCAACAUUCAUACCACUCUCAAACU